CUGUCUAUAAGUCUGAAGAGAGGUGUGUUCUGGUGGUAAUCCAUGAGGAUCAAAUUGAAGCCACCGUGACCUGCACUGAAACCACAAUGAAGGUGGAGGUUGAGAAAGAUUCCUUCUUUGGACUUGAGGAGGAACAUCUUCGCCUCAGUGACCCCAGCAACACCAUCUGCAGCCUUGACAGGCUCUCCAACAACACUCACAUAGUCGCCAUCAUCCCCCUCAAUGGCUGCGGUACUGAGAUCGAGGAAGACGAUGAGUACCUAAUUUUCAAGAAUGAGAUCACCACAGUGGAGGACGACCCGAAUGAGCUGAUCACCAGGAAGCACCUGGUGGAGGCCCGGUUCUACUGCCAGUACCCCAAACGGGGCAAUGUGACCCUGAGCUUCUCAGCACACAGAAAGAACGUCACAGUAUGGGAGAAAGGCUUCGGCAAGUUCACCUACCAGUUCGAGUUCUACCAGGAUGACCAGUUUGGACCCAUUUAUGACCCAAACUUUUACCCACUGGAGUUUGACGUCGGAGACAGGAUCUACAUGCAGAUAGAUGCCAGCACCUCUAUCAACAACACAGAGAUGUUUGUGGAGUCCUGCAGAGCUGCACCGUAUGACAACCCCAACUUCCACCCAACCUACUCCAUCAUUGAGAACGGAUGCAAAGUUCACCCGACUGUGCAGACCCAUCCGACCUCCAACGACAGACAGUUCAGGUUCAGCAUGGAUGCCUUUAGGUUUAUCGGACUACCUGAUCAGGUGUACAUCAGCUGCACAGUCAUGAUGUGUGAAGCAGGGAAUCCCAACACCAGGUGCUCACGGGGAUGCAUGAACUCCACAUGGUCCAAUGUCCGCAGAAAGAGAGAGGCUAUGAUCCAGAGUGGAAUGCACUUCGUUUCCCAGGGUCCUCUGCGUCUGAAGCGUGAAGCAGACCUCAGAGGAGGCUCAGCGUUCAACCUGAACCUGAACCUGGUCUUUGUUGCUGGAUGUCUUCUUGUUGCCGUUGGGAUGGUCUGCGGCGUCCUCAUCUACAAAACCAAAGCCUCCAGGGUCAAAUAUCAACCUCUGUCCUCCUACGAAAACUAAACCUGCAGCAUCUGCCAGGCUGCUUGGAUCAUUAGAAUGUGGGAUUCUGGGUGUUUCUGAACUAAUUAUUCUUUUUGAU